AUGUAUCUUCCAGAGGGAAUCAAACACUACAGGGACAUCAGAGCCAAUGAACUCCCCGACCCCGACCCUAACCUCGACCCUGACCCCAACCCCAACCCCAACCCCGACCUUAAUCCUGACCCUGACCCUGACCGCAACCCCGACCCUAACCUCGACCCUGACCCCAACCCCAACCCCAACCCCAACCCCGACCCUAACCCCGACCUUAAUCCUGACCCUGACCCUGACCGCAUGUUUAUGGCUUCCAUCACCGAACACGGUCACCAUGGCAACAGGCUCGUUAAUAUCCUCCACGGGCGGAGUCAUCAACACGACGAAGAGCGGAAUGUGCUGGCCUUGAACGUGCUGUUGCUAGGCGACAGGCAGAGUGGGAGGAGCUCCGUGGGGAACGCUCUGAUUGGUGGACACGAAUUCCAGACAGGCACCUGCAUUUCUGGGGUCUCCGUGACGACAGAGUGCCAGGUCCUCCGCCGAAAUUUCCCACGGUAUUUCAGACGACAGGGGGCGGAGUCUGACCUCAAGGUGAGCGUGAUUGACACGCCCCCUCUGCUGCCCCGCCCACAGAGCUUGCACGAGCUCUGCCCUGGGGGCGUGCACGUACUCGCGCUGGUCGUGAGAGCCGACCUGUCGCAUGAAAACACACACCUGGGGCAGCGUGUGGAGAGUCUCUUCGGGCCGGAGUGGCGUCGUCACGCCUUACUCAUCCUCACACACGCUGACCACCUGAAGAGGGCGGGGCUUCCCCCCGCUGGCUACCUCACACGGGCCGCUGACUGGCUGGGAGCUCUGGCCAACGAGGUGGCGGGCGGGGUCUCGUUCUUGGACAACAGCCGCGAUUGGCCGUCGGUCAGAGGACGGCCGCUGAGAGACCGAAUGCUCCGCCUCUCAGCCGGGAACCAUCACACAGCUCUGAGAGUUAGGACAGAGGUCUGA